AAAGUACUUAUUUUAAAACAAAAAUAAGGAUUCGUUAUUCAGUUCUUACUUAGAAGUGAUAUAUUUAUAUUUAAGUAAGUGUAUAUAUGUAUGUGUACCAAUUUUCAUAUUUUGGAAACGUGAAAAUCUACCUUGUCCUUGAGUAAACAAAUGAGUUGGCAGUUUAUUAACUGCCUCGAGUGUUUCUUAGUCGGUAGCUGAGCACCUACAUCUAAUACAGUAACGAUGUUAGGUACAGCGGGGAUCGUAUUGGCGCUCUUCGGUUUUGCAGCCGCUCAAGAUUCUAGUUGCGAUUAUUCUCAACAGGUCCAAAUAGGCCAGACGUACUACGUCUACAGUCCGAACUACCCCAACUACUACCCCCGCUCCAAGCAAUGUCGCUGGGUGGGGUACUGCCCACGCGGUUACAACUGCCGCCUCGACUGCUCCGAGAUACGGCUGCCAUUUACGACGAACUGUGCGCAAGACCGCUUGCUGAUCUCCAAAUCUGGCGACCUGCAGCUGAACAAUGCUGACCGGUACUGCGGCACGGGAUCCGUGACGGCAGUGUCUACUGGACAGGUGAUCAGUAUCGGUUUAAUCGUUGCCAACAACAGUCCCGGAGGUCGUUUCACGUGUCAACUGUCUGCCCAGCCCGCAACGCCUACCGAUAUCUGCCGCUGUGGUUGGAAAAAAUCUAAUCGUAUCGUAGGGGGUGUCCCCACGGGGGUGAACGAGUACCCCAUGAUGGUGGGGUUGGUGGACCUGUCUAUCAGGCAGAUAAAGUGCGGGGGGGUGAUCAUCAACCCUCGCAGCGUGCUCACCGCGGCACACUGCCUCGCCUACCAGAGCACCAGUAAUAUAGCCAUUGCUGCCGGCGAGCACGACACCAGUACAGGGAAUGAUACUUCAGCCUUGAGAGUCUACCCUGUCGCCAACUUUAUCAUCCACCCACAAUUCAAUAGCCAAAAUUACGACUACGACAUUGGUAUAGUGAACUCUGCGCAAGAGAUAGUCUUCAGUGAUGCUGUCGGCCCCGUCUGCCUACCCUUUAAGUACGUCAACAAUGACUUUGCCGGAACAUACCUCACUGCUUUGGGAUGGGGCACGCUGUUCAUAGGAGGCCCCACCUCCAACGUGCUGAGGAAGGUGGACAUUCAAGUGCAGAGCCAGCCCAAGUGUCGGUCCAUGAUCUCCAUUACUGACCGGCAGAUGUGCACCCUUACACAAGGGAAGGAUGCUUGUCAGGAUGACUCCGGUGGUCCGCUGCUGUUCACGGACCCGUCAACCGGGUUGCAGUUCAGCAUCGGCAUCAUCAGCUCCGGGCAGUUCUGCGACACCGGGUCACCCGGGAUCAAUACCCGGGUCACUCAGCUGCUCAACUGGAUCACCACUCAGUCCCCAUACAACUACUGUGUCAAAUAAACGCACUGGUUCCCCCUUUGA